UAUUAUUGUAGAAGAGUGAAGACCUUUGCUACCGAUGGCAGAAGACCUCACUCUCCCAAGGUUAGCUUGGGACCCUUCCACUGGGUCGAUUUUAAACAACAGACCACGAAAACGAGCGCGUCUCAGUCCCCUACCAUCAAGCGAUCCGCCAGUCUUCUCCAGCGACGAUGACCCUUCUGCAGACAACUACACGCAAGACCGCCACAAGAAAAUAUAUCGAGGACCGUGGUAUCGGCUACAACCAGCUUCCGAAUCAGGGUCUUUGCAUCCUGACUCGAAUCAUGACUCGCAAAAGCCCGGCUCUAAGAAAAGCAAGAGGACGUUCGAGAGGCGCUUCGAUAGUGGUGUCUGGCUCGGGAGCGAUGGCACCGAUGUUACCGAUGGCACAGAUGUCGAUGAAACUACUGAAGGCUUGGGAACGUUCAGCGGGGCGACCACGGCUCUGCCCAUGAGGCAGUCCCGCGCAAUUCGGGCAUUUAGGACCCCGCAGAACUUCACACUGUCAGCAGAAGAAGAACUCGCGCAGAGGGAGAUCGAGCUAUGUCUGGAUGAUGGAAAUGAAACGAUUGAUCUUUCAUCUCGAGAGCUGACAUCUCUCUCAAAUGCUACCAUCCGACCUUUAGCUGCGUUUACGCGCGUUCCUCCCGUCACCGAAGGGGUGUUUGCUCGGAUUGAGCCCAUGCUGAAAAUCUUCCUAGCUUCGAACCGCCUAUCUAAGCUCCCUGAAGAGCUCUUCAAUUUGGAGCAUCUGACUGUCCUGAGUCUACGCAGCAAUCGUAUAUAUGAACUGCCUCCCGCUAUAGGCAGGCUGCAUAACCUGACAGAGCUUAACAUAUCUCAAAAUCGCCUGCAGUAUCUCCCAUUUGAGAUUCUGGACCUGUUCUCCGACACUAGUCACCUGCAGAGUUUCCAAAUCCACCCGAAUCUUUUCCACGAGCCGCAAUAUCCCGCUGUUGAAAACAGUGGGACUCAUCCAGAGGAAGGGGAAGUCGCCGAGGAAACUGUUUCUGGAAAUAGUACAACUCCCCGCCAUAGAGCAACCUACGGUGUUUCGCCAGACGAGAGACAAAGAACUUGGCACCCCCAAUGGAGGGUCUCUUACAGAUGUCGGACAGAGGUUCGAUAUCUAGAUAUCAAUGGUGCCCAUAUAAAGGGACCAACGCUCUCGAACCACACACUUUUCGGACCACGAAAAUUUCCUAGCGGAAUACCUAUUGUCGGCGCCAAUGACAUUCCCACACCUCCUACUCCUCGAGGCAAUGACAUAUCCCGCGUGCCCUCUCUACUUGAAGUCGCGCUCAACGCGUGUUCACGAACCCCUCACCUCCCGUAUCUCGCCUCCGAGCUACCCGAGGAUUGUCCUGAAUCAUUCUCCGGCCUUCUAGCCCUAGUAGCCGAAAAGAAGGAAUCCGGAGGCAGCAAAUGCACAAUCUGUAAACGGAAUUUCAUAAUCCCGAGAACGGAGUGGAUCGAAUGGUGGGAGAUAACCAAGGCGCCGGAGAACGAAGGCGCUGUUAGUGCGGCCAGCCCGCGGAAACCCGUGGAGAAUGAGAGGGAUGUCAUAGAGAGUAUGGUUCCCUUGAUCAGGAGAGGGUGUAGCUGGCUUUGCGUUCCGAGGAAUGUGGCUCUGGAGGGAGAGGGUAUGGAUGUUGAUGCAUGAGAACUGGAGGGCCGCCCGUUCGGCUUUGACUCAGGCAACCAUUUGUCAAAGCCGAUUUUGGAGGGCGGUUGAUCAUCGGUCAUCGAAAGUGCUGUUUGCUAUUGCAUCGCGCUUGAAAUACAUUCCCGAUUCCGAAUACUAGUGGCCUAGAAAACUGUGUGUUGUCCUCCCUCGGUAUUUUGAUUUGGCAGCUGAAACAUUUGACUUGCUCUUGGAGAGAACACCCGCAAGAGAUUCCUCCUAGUGGCAGAUUACCUGUAGGUCCUGUGUUUCCGAAAACGGAAAAUGCUUAAUCGCGCGGCGUCAAGAGGUGU